GUUUUAUCCUCAAUCUCUGUAAGCCAUUUAACCUAUCUCGUUAAUCCUCCUUCGUCUGCCGCCAUUAAUCCUCCUUCGUCUGCCGCCGUUCAUCCUUCUUUUUCAACGGUUAUACGUAGCACCAGUGCACAACUUUACUCCCAUUUUCUGAAGAGACGGACCAAGGAAGUGCAACAAUGUCAGGAGAAGAGGAAGAGAACGCAGCAGAGCUUAAAUUGGGUGAAGAUUUCGUCAAAGCAAAAUGUUUAAUGAAUGGAGAAGUUUCCAUGAUUUUAGAGCACAGAUUAGAGCAACUUCAACAGGUUUCUGAAGAUCCUUUAAAUCAGAUGCCUCAAGUUUUCGAAAAAUCUUUGCAGUACGUGAAGCGAUUCAGUCGUUACAAAAAUCCAGAUGCUGUGCGACAAGUUAGAGAAAUUCUUAGCCGACAUCAAUUAGCUGAAUUUGAGCUUGCUGUUCUUGGGAAUCUUUGCCCUGAAACUGUUGAAGAAGCUAUUGCUAUGGUCCCUUCCCUUAAGGAUAAAGGAAGAGAUUUAGAUGAUGAAGCUAUUGAAAAGAUGCUUAAUGAUCUUGCUCUUGUUAAGAAGUUUGAAUAAUUUUUAGGGUUAGGGUUAGGGUUUCUGAUUACCUUUAAUUUGGAUCGAAUGUUAUAAUUUACGGUUUUCUUUGGAUUGUGAAUUUGAUCACUCUAUUGCUUUCUGUUGUCCUAGUCUUGAUUUACGUACUAUGUGUAUUGAUCAAAGUUCUUUCAGGAAUUGAAGAAUGGAAAUUGGCUA